AUGAAAAUUCCCGCAAAUGAGUCCUUCUCUGAGGGGGUGGAGGUCACACAGCUGGCACAGCUGGUAUCACAACCAACUGGAGGCGACCCAGAGGAAGAUGCUGCGCCAAGAGAAGCAAAGCGAAGGAGCGCGACCCAGGAGGCUAGCGAAAUCCCCGCCGAGUCCCCAGGAGGAGGAGAGAAGCCCAGUCGCCAGGCACCGGCCACAGCGCACGCCAACAUUCAGGAUAAUUCUCCUUUCCAAGCCCCGGAGUUCCGGGGCAGGCGAAAAAGGGGGGAUGGGAGACCCACAGUCCCUUUAACCCUCCCCCCCGGUCUGCCAACCUUUUCCGAACCCCCAUGUCACACAACUUCCUCAUCAUGGAAACUUCCACUGGGUUCGGCGCUGAGGAUGCCAAACUCCAUUUCACAAGGAACAUGUCAACAGCUGGGCUUGGGGUUUGAGGAACAGAGCCGCUGCGAUUGGAAUAGAGCCCGGCCACCCUGUUCCACCACUGUCCACGCCGUAGCUCCCAGCCUGCCGCCGCGCGGUGCCCGAACACGAGAGGGCACCUCCUCCCAGAUCCGGGGCGCAGAAGCCCCACGGAGGCAGGUAGACGAUUCUGAGGCUCUAGGCGGGAACUGGUAAGCCACAAGCUGGAAGAGUCUUUUAUCACCAUGUGGAGGAGAACUAGAGCACACACGUUGAACUAUUACUGAGAUUAAGUGAUCAACUUCUUUUGUGUUCAGUCACUGAAAGGCAAGUGUUAAUUUGUUGCAGUAAUUGGUGCUCCCUUAACACACCUGUCAGACAGGCCAAACUCUAUCACAGCAUAAAUAAUCUUUUCCUCAAAUAAAUGCAGGUAAAAUAAUAAAAUACACCUAAGUGCAUUAAUAUGAAUAUAGGUUCAAAGCAAAAUGUUGGGCUGAAAAAUGUUCAGAGUAGUAAUUUUUUAAGUUGAUAUGUAAUUUAUGUACAGUAAAAUAGAUAAAACCUAAAUGUUCAGUUCAGUGAAUUUUUACAUGUUCAUACUAUCUAUUCACCUCCCAGAACAAGAUAGAAAAUACUUCAUAUAAAUAGAAUCAUACAGUG